GUCUAUCAUUUGAUAUCAAUUGAAUUGCAUUUCGCAAUUAAAAUAGACCAUUUUUUCAUUGAUAAUGCUGACAAAAUGCAUAAAGUUAUUCUCUUUUUUUCAUUUUGCAAAUCUAUUGUUGAAAGAUUUCCGCUGUAUUUUGACGUUUCUUCAACAACUAGUUAUACCCCACAACUGUCAAACCAAAACGAAAUGUCAGGUUCAACAACUACAACAGGAGUUUUAAGUUUUAAUGAGAUUUGCAUUUGUUUUCGUUUGUUUUUUCAUUUGUUCUCUAAUUUUUAUUUCUUUAAAUUUUUAUUUAACAAAUAAAUAAAUAGUUGUAAGUUGCUCUAAAGCAAUAACUAUUGCUAUCCAAUGGUUGGAAACAAAAUUAUUGCAGCCAUACGACCAGACGGCAAAGUCUAUUCUGUAAACAAUUCUAGUGGCGGCAGCGGCAGUAUCGUGCCAAACAGUGUCCUUCAUCAAAAUCAUGGACAUUUCCCAGUGAAAAUUCGCUCAAAUUCAGGAAGCAAUCAAUUUAACAUGAGCGACAAUUCGGACAUUGUUAUGAACAACAAUCGUCUUCAGGCGUCUGUGAUGGAUAUGGGAAAGAAGUUGUUGCAAUGCGCUCGCGACAAUGAUGUCAUUGGGGUUGAGAGUUUAAUAGCAAAAGGAUCACCCUUUGCUUCCGAUUGGCUUGGAAUGACGGCGAUUCACUUCGCUGCUAUGAAUGAUGGCUAUGAAAUUUGCAAACUCCUCACAAACACUGGAAUCAAUAAAGACGCCCGGACGAAGGUGGAUCGAACUCCACUGCAUUUGGCUGCCUUCUAUGGCCACGAACGUAUUGUUAAGCUUUUAAUUGAUUGUCAAUGUUCACUUAAUCCUAGAGACAUGCUUCGAAUGACUCCACUUCAUUGGGCAGUUGAGAAACGACACAAAAGUAUAGUUCGACUGCUCAUCAAACACAAUGCCGAUGUUACGGCGAUUUCCAAAUUUGGUAAAACACCAAUUGCCUUGGCCGUACUCACAGAACAAGCAGACAUUCUCCAAGAAUUGGAAGCUGCUAGACAAAUGCAACAAAGCAGAAAAUACAAUGAACAGCAUGAGAAGACACAACGGAUUAAACUUGUGCGUAAAAAAGAAACAAAUGAAGCUGUUAAUUCAAUUAUGGGCCUUUCGAGUGAUACAAAUUAUGAACCAUCAGAAAAAAGAUUCAGAUUAAAUUCUGAAAGUGACAAACAACCAACUAAAACUUAUAGAAAAGAUUCUAUUCAUUCAUCAGAUGAAAAAGUCCAAGAUAAUCCCGCUGUGAAUCUAUUAAAAAGUCAUGGUAUAUCAAUAAUGAACGACGAUGAGGAUACCUCAAAUAAACUUCUAACAACUGCACUACAAAAUGGUCGACAAUUGGUUCUGUCUGAGGGCGGAAAGUUACUUUUGAACGAAGCUAAGAAAAUGAGUAAAACACCAUUUUCAGAAACAGUCAAAAUAGCAGCCGCGCCUCAUCCAUCCUCUGCACCGCCACCGUCGAUACCAAUGGGUGUGGUUAAAUUGACUAAUAAACCAGGGACGAAGCAAAUAGAGACUAAAUUCCGCCCAAAUAUUAUUCAUAAAUCCAAGCCCACUAUCACAACGUCAACACCUAAAGACGUAACUGGGAAGAAUAUACGAAUAAUUUCACUUAAUGACUUUAAAAAAAUCUACGGUAAUGGGAAUAUUAAGUCCAUGCCGAAUACAAUCAACAAAUCUCAAGUAGUGAAGAUAAAGACUCAAAAACCUCCAGUUCCUCAAAUCAAAGAGGAACAACCAGAAUUCAUCGAAUACGACUAUGACCCUCAAUACGAAGACGAAGAAAAUGACUUGCCACCGAACAUAAUCAAAGUAUCGGCCGAGAGCGAUCAGGAUGACUUGUCGGAUUUUGAGAGCGUACAAACAGCAACAGCAACUAUCAAUCCUCCAGCUCCGCCAUCACCAGAACCACCUAUACAAUCUUCCACUUCCACACAAAACAAUAUUAGAUAUUCUUUUACAAAAUCUCCAAAUAAGGCAGCAACAUUACCUGAACGAACGCCAGUGAUUCCUUUGCUGACCAUACCAGAAAUCUGUCGGCAACUCCUUGAGCUGCGGAAGCAAAACGAUGAGUUGCGCAGAAAAUAUGAAAUCGCGCAAAAGGAGAAGGAGGACUUCCGGAAUCGAUUAGAACGUCUCGAGAGUUUGCUUAUAGAAGAACAACCUGUUGUCGAGGAGAUUACUGAAAUGUAGCAGUAGUCCUUUUUAUAUAAUUUUUUUUAGAGUUAUUGUUAUGUAAAUAAUAUAAUGAGGAAUUGUUUUUUUGUUUUUCUUAAACACUUCAUCCUUUGAGGUUAUUUUUCAUGUCACUUAAGUGUUGAAACCUAUUUUUUCUAUAUACAAGUAUAUAAGUAUAAGAUUGUAGUUUGUAAUAUUACAUUUAUAUUUUCAUAAAAAUCCAUACAAAACACACUAAACAGAUAUAAAUCUUUGCCAUAGGUCAUUUUUAAAAAAUGUUAUCAUGGAAUUGUUGUUGAGAAGAUUAAAAAAAAAAAACAAAAACAAAAAGAGUCUAAAGACGGUUUAUUUUCUACUUUAUAUUUUUAAGAUGAUUAUUAUAUUAUGAAAUAUUGAUGUUUUUUUUCUUUUAAAUAUUUUUUUUUUUUGUAAAAUCAAAUGGAUUCUCUUUUUAUGCUUGACAUAAAUUUAAAUAUUUCAACAGGGAAACAUUUGUUAAAUAAAAUUAUAUUUUUUACUAUAAAAUUC